AUGGAGAUAUGGUUGAAUCAAUCAUCCACAGAUGACUUCAUCCUCUUGGAAAUUUUUUCUCACAGUCCAACUGACCUUGUCCUCUUCUGGGUGGUUAUGGUGGUCUUCACAGUGGCAUUCUGUGGGAAAGUUCUCCUCCUCUUCCUCAUCUACAUAGAUCCUCGACUUCACACACCCAUGUACUUUUUCCUCAUUCAGCUCUCCCUCAUGGACCUCAUGUUGGUCUGUACCCAUGUGCCAAAGAUGGUGGUCAACUUCCUGUCUGGCAGGAAGUCCAUCUCCUUUGUGGGUUGUGGCAUAAAAAUUGGCCUCUGUCUUGUGGGAUCUGAGGGGCUCUUCCUGGGACUCAUGGCUUAUGACCGCUAUAUGGCCAUUAGCCACCCACUUCACUAUCUUGUCCUCAUGAGUCAGAGGGUCUGCCUCCAGAUUUUUGGGAGCUCUUGGGCCUUUGGGAUAACAGAUGGUGUGAUCCAGAUUGUGGUUGUAAUGACCUUUCCCUACUGUGGCUUGAGGGAAGUGAACCACUUCCUUUGUGAGAUGCUAUCCUUGUUGAAACAGGCCUGUAUAGACACAUCCAUUUUUGAGAACGUUAUAUAUGCUUGCUAUGUCUUCAUGUUGUUUCUUCCCUUCUCCAUCGUUGUGGCCUCCUAUGCUCGUAUCCUGAAGGCUGUGCUCCAUAUGCACUCUGCUCAGGCUGGCAAAAAGGCCCUGGCCACCUGUUUCUCCCGUCUGACAGCUGUCUUCCUCUUCUAUGGGGCAGCCGUGUUCAUCUACCUGAGGCCUCGGCACUACGGGGCCCCUAUCCAUGACAAGAAGUACCCGUGUAUCUUCUACACGGUCCUUACUCCUAUGCUCAACUCCCUCAUUUAUAGCUUGAGAAACCAGGAGUUGAUGGGGGCCCGGAGAAAGGGGUUGAACCAUUGCAGGAUUGGCAGCCAGCACUGA